AUGGGGAAGAUUGGUUGCACCAUAGAUGGCAACCUAGAUGACUCAAAAUUCAGCGAGCCAAUGCCAUGGAUCGGUAUGUAUGUAGCAGCAGCAUCUGCAGCUUGUGCGCUUGCUAUGGCAAUGGAUACCCUUCAUGGCCUACGCCGUAGAAUAUUCUGGUUUCCUUGCUACUACUUCUCUCUCAAUGCUACAACCUUGACACUUCUAGCUGUCGCCACCAAGUUGUCUGUUGAUCUAAAUACCUCCAUGCCUCGUCGCCAAGAUCAGCUGACAAAACUUAGCAGUGCUACUCUAAUCUGUACGGUAAUUGCUAAUUUUAUACCUUCUUUAGGACUCAUGGAGAACAAAGAGCUCUUGAUGAACAUGAUGGCUUUGGGAAUUAUCGUCAUCACAGCCAUCGUCAACAUUGGCAUACAAUUAGCUACAGGUGUAAUCUAUGUUUUCUGCAAAGAGCAUAUAGCACUCAUGUUUCUUAUGCUUGUUUUGCUUCUGCAACUGAUCUCCUCAGCUGUGGCAAUACCAACUACAAAGUGUUACUUGGACCUGAAAUAUAACAAGAAAUACAAGUUAGCAAACAAAGAAUGCGGCAUCACCUAUAAAUGCACAACUGAGAAACUGAAGGAUGAGCUGAUGAAAUUCUGGACCAUGGCCUAUACCUCUAGCCCCCACUUCGUGGCGGGGCGCUUAGCAACAUGCACUGCAUCUGGAGGUUUCUGCCUUCUGAGCACAGUAAUUUAUGCUGAAGCCAUGCUUAGGUCUUACUUUCUCCAUCGGAGCUUCAACUUUUGUAGUGGAGACUCUGAAUACAAGUGGUCCACAACCUUGAUUCUUGUAACUCAGACUGUGGCAAUAGGAGUAGGAACUAUUGCACCAGCUUUUAGAUGGUUCAUAGCCAUAAAUUAUCGCUGCCCCAAAAAAACAAAUAAUGCCUGCAAAGCCAAGUUGUUCAAAGUGGAGAACUACUGGAUCCGUAUCCUGCUUCAGUGGAAAGAAUCCCCGUUGGAUUUCAGAAUUUGUGGCCGGCAUGGUAGAAAAUUUGCUCAUAAAACAAAGAACAGACUUCUAGAUUUCUGUAUUUGGAUGCAAAUUAUGAUGGUGUCACUCAGUAAGCUAGUUCGGCUCAUUUCCACUUUCUCUGUAAGUUGGUUAUUGAUAAGCUGUCGGAAGGCAAUCAGGAUGCUGAAAUGCAACAAUAUGGUGUCUAGUCAUGAUAUAGAGACGCAAGCCAGUCUAAAGCCAGAUCUUAGCCACUAUGUUUUACAUCUUGAAGGUGAGGAAGCAUUAAUUGACUUGAUGAUGCAAAGCAACCGAGAUGUGGUAGGUCACUGGAUCGGGAUGGGGAAAAAGGAGCAGCCUAAACAUCUUAUACAACUUCUGGAGAAGGUGAAGUCAUCACCUGGAUUCAGGGGAGUGUAUGGAUUUGACCAUGCUCAAAUUCCUUCUUUAGAUUCGGAAGAACCUCCUAAUUGCUGGGCUCUUCCCGUAGUGACACUGACAAGCAUUGCAAUUGCACUUCCAGACAUUGAUUUCCACUCAAUCAAGGAAUUAAUAAGGUGUGUGUAUGAAGGUCUCACGUACAUCAAAGUUGUGGAAGAGAACCUGGAUGCUGGAAAAGACCUAUCAUACAUCAGGAAAGCGGCAGAGUUGGUGUGGGUAGGAGUUGACUUAUGUUACAAGUGGCUGGAUGUCGAUCUCCGCACGACAGCCACUGAAGGACAAAAUCCAAAAGACGUGCUUGAAGGACUCUCUGAGAAAUCAAAGCAAAUAUUCAUCGAAUUUAGAAAGAAAGAUUUGAAUGCUUGUUUAAAGGAAUCACCCUCAAGAUGGCCUACCAAUAUGUUGGCAGCAAACUGUAUGUACAGAGUAUGUGAAACACUUCUUCAAAAUUCUGAUAGGAAAGAGUUAGAUAACAGCAAAAUCAUGUUUGACAAAUUGUCAUCCAUGAUCGUGGAUAUAACAGGCGCUUGUCUUACCAACCUACAAAGAGUUAUAUCCAUGCAAUGCCACCAUAGCACCAUUGAAGAGAGAGCAAAAGGUGUCCGUUCUGCCAUCUUACUUCUGGGAAAAGCAGAGAGUAUUCUGGAAAUUCUUCGUUCACAGCCACUUCCAAACUCAGCACCAGAUAAAUUGGCAAAAGUUGAUCAUUGGCGUACACAUAGCAAAGAGCUGGCAGGACUGGAAGAUGCGGAAGAAGCAAAAACAAAUUUGGAAGAUUCUGGAUAUGUAGAAGCUACAGAAAGUUCUGGAACUCCUCAAGUUCCCAGUGCUGUCGAACAGAGCUCCCCCUUCUUCGUAUACUUGUAUCAAGGCGAGAUCUUUUGA